AUGAGCUCUUCGCCCGAAGGCGAUGUCUGGUUUCUGCAUAAAACCUUACAACAAAUGAAGGGAUUCGACCCUACCAACGACAAACAAUUCUAUAGUACCAUCUUUCUGGAGGUCGCGACAAAUGCAGUUUGGAAGAACAAAGCAAUGGAAGUACGUGUAUCCGGUGGUGGAAGAUAUACGGGUGUUACAAAGAAAGAACAUAUUAGCACUUUGCCUCUGGCGGAUUCUCAUCCCAGAGCCGGGAAACAGACUUGGGAUCCGGAUGUUCGGUCUUGGUACGAGCGCUACAAGUACUUAACCGUGAUGACGGGGCCAUCUCCGGAUAAAAUCACCGGACAUAAACAGAUUCAUGGCGGUCACGAUUAUGCAACUCUCUAUCCUCAGGAUGAGGCUACACGAGUGGCUCUAGUCCCAGUUCCAUAUCCGACUACCAAAGGGGAUUAUCUCUGGAUCGACCUUACCUAUCCCAUUCGUGGUAUCUAUAUCCCAAAACUGAAAUUGGCUCAUCCGAAGUAUACCACCUGUUGUGUGUACUCUCGGUUGAACUUCCGUGCACGAGAUGUUACAGUGAAGACGGACUCUGGGAAAACCAUCACGCUUAAGCCCGAUUCCUGGAUGGGUUGGGGAUUGGAACAUGCCAAGUGGACUGCCAGGCUAGAUAUUUUCGUCAUUGCCUCAGUUCUUGCAAUUCCAGAUCAUUUUCUCAAGCCGGAGUAUACGGAUCCGUACCAGUUCAUAAAGCUUUUCCCGUGCGAGAGUAUCCAGCUAAAGAGGAUCGGGCCGGACGAGGGCAUCAUGAAUCCCGGGAAGAUGAUUGAUUGGGAGUGGAUCAUGUCCCAUGAACAUGGAGUCAAUGUUACCUACAAAACAAACGGGUUUGAUCAACUAUGGGCUAUCAAGACCUUGAUUGGAUUGGCAGCAACGGGUGCUGGCGUUAUCCCCAUGGUUGGGCCUCUGGUGUCGAUCGCGAUUCAACUUGUGGGAGAUUCCCUGACAGAUCCUCAGUCCUUUUGCACCGUGCAUAGUUUACUCUCGGCAAAGGCGCCUGGAGUAGCAACUGCAAUUACGGGGUAUGCAAUGAACGUCAAGGGCUAUGUCAAGAUACCCAAAACUAGUAGUAGUGGCGGUCAUAUAAAUCAGAAGACAGAAACGACGCGCCUUUAG